ACUAUUUGCAGAAGAAUCCAUUUGGGAGCUCCGCUUGUGCUGAACAUUGGCGUUGUUGUGACUGUGAUCGGUAGCGAUCAGGUUUUUUGUUGUAGAUUUACGAGGUUUUUUCGAAGUCCAAGUGAGUAGAAGAUGGCUGGCGUCACCAACGAGGAGGACAAGAAGCCCACCGAUCAGGCUGCACAUAUCAACCUUAAGGUGAAGGGACAGGAUGGGAAUGAAGUUUUCUUCAGGAUCAAGAGAAGCACGCAACUGAAGAAGCUCAUGAAUGCUUACUGUGACCGACAAUCAGUGGAUUUUAAUUCCAUUGCUUUUUUAUUUGAUGGUCGUCGCCUUCGAGCAGAGCAGACUCCAGAUGAGCUGGAAAUGGAGGAUGGGGAUGAAAUAGAUGCCAUGCUUCAUCAAACAGGAGGUGCUGCUGCGUAAUGGUUGUGGAGAUCUUUCCUGCUCUUGCAUUAUUAUGGACAUAGACUCAGUUUAACUUGAGGUUGAUGCCUAAGAUGCAUCUUCCAUCAGCCUACUACUAGAAUACUGCUCUUGCUACUUGAGUUAGUAGGGUGUAUACUUUCUUUGUUAAUAUAUUAUUGAGUGACUUCUACUUUCAUACUGGUGAAAUCUUAUGACUUGUGGUUUGCAAUUUACUAUCUUUUGUGCCUCAGGGAGGAUCCUGUGACAUGCUAGCUUAUUGAUGAUUGGUGAUUUAAGCUUGCCUUAAUGAUAUGAUGGCUGAUGUCUCUUGUUUGUGAA